CCACGUUAAUCCGUUUGAAGUUAAACCUCUCCCCUUCAUCUCUUCCCUUUGUUUCUCCCUCCAAAAGUUUCUUCCUCACUUUGCUUUCAUGGCGGUGACAGAACUAGGCCAUGCUUACACAACGACUACCUUCAGUAAUUCGCGCUUCCUCACUUAUGUCUCAUCGUCCACUCGUCUCUCCUAUCACCGCCGCCUGAGUUAUCGGAAUCUCCCUCGAACUCCAACUACUGCUAUCCGUUGUUCAGUUACCUCCGACCAAAUUCAAGCUCCGGUUGGUAUUGAUGCGAAACAAAAGCCUGAUUGUUUCGGUGUAUUCUGCCUCACUUAUGAUCUAAGUGAUCUGAAGGCUGAAGAUCAAACAAAAUCAUGGAAGAAAAUGAUUAAUGUUGCAGUCUCAGGUGCUGCUGGGAUGAUAUCCAAUCAUCUACUCUUCAAGCUAGCAUCAGGUGAGGUUUUUGGCCCAGAUCAACCAAUUGCCCUCAAACUUUUGGGGUCUGAACGAUCAUUUGGAGCUCUUGAAGGAGUGGCAAUGGAACUCGAGGACUCUUUGUAUCCAUUAUUGAGAGAAGUAAGCAUUGGCAUAGAUCCAUAUGAGGUAUUUGAAGAUGCAGAAUGGGCUCUUUUGAUUGGAGCUAAACCUAGAGGCCCUGGAAUGGAAAGAGCCGAUUUGUUAGACAUUAAUGGCCAAAUCUAUGCUGAACAGGGAAAAGCUCUCAAUACUGUUGCUUCACGUAAUGUCAAAGUCAUGGUGGUAGGAAACCCUUGCAAUACCAAUGCUUUGAUUUGUAUGAAAAAUGCUCCAAAUAUACCUGCAAAGAAUUUUCAUGCUUUAACUAGACUAGAUGAGAAUAGAGCAAAAUGCCAGUUGGCUCUCAAAGCUGGAGUUUUUUAUGACAAAGUCUCUAAUGUCACCAUUUGGGGAAACCACUCGACUACUCAGGUUCCUGAUUUUUUAAAUGCUAAAAUACAUGGGAUUCCUGUCCCGGAGGUUAUUACAGAUAGGAAAUGGUUAGAAGAGGACUUUACAAAAAUGGUUCAAACGAGAGGUGGGGUUUUAAUUAAAAAAUGGGGAAGAUCUUCAGCUGCAUCAACUGCUGUUUCUAUUGUGGAUGCAAUAAGGUCUCUUGUAACACCCACACCCGAAGGUGAUUGGUUUUCAACUGGAGUUUAUACAAAUGGAAAUCCUUAUGGAAUAGCAGAAGAUAUUGUUUUUAGCAUGCCCUGUAGGUCCAAGGGGGAUGGCGAUUACGACCUUGUGAAAGAUGUCAUAUUUGAUGACUACCUUCGUAAUAGAAUUAAAAAGUCGGAAGAUGAGCUGCUAGCGGAGAAGAAAUGUGUAGCACACUUAACAGGAGAGGGAAUUGCGGUAUGUGAUCUACCCGAGGAUACGAUGCUUCCAGGAGAAAUGUAGAAGGCUACAGUUGAUCAAAACUUCAUCUUCUUUUCAUACAGUGAUACUGAGAUCUGUGGUAAACAGAAUUAGAAUCAUGUUUAUGAAAUGUUAUUGAACGAUUAUAGUUGCCAAUAAGGGCCAAUUGAUGCCAUGUUAUUAGUUUGAGGUUAUUUAUAAUUAUGUUUAACUCCUUUUCCCUCUCAUGUCCUGUCAUCUUUGUACAUGU